ACAAAGUCGGCGCGUUCUCGUCGUUGAAUUGGAGAUUCUGCUGGAGAUUUCCGUAGCCAUCUUGAACACGUUCGAGUGACCGUGUGGGACGACGCAAUUCCAGCCGCCAUGUCCGAACCUUCGGCGUCUUACAACAAAGCCUCUUUUUCACGGGCAGCCGUCCACACGGACGAAAGUGGCGCCGAGCCGACCGCCGAAGCCAUGGACAUUCUCGCGCCAGACCACUUCGAAAGGAAUAGGGGGUACUACCUGCAGAUUGCCAAGCAGGUGGCUGGCAGGAUCAUGGCUAUGCAGGCACCUAAGCCGGGGGGCCUCUCCUUGCAAAGCAAGGAGGGCGCAGCCGUGGGCACCUCUAACAGCCGCCACAAGCAGGCCGUCAAGGAACCGCCGCCAAAAACGCCCCGCUCGAAACAGGUCGUCAAGGUACAGCCGUCAAAAAUGGCCCGCCCGGAACGGGUCGUCAAAGGACGGUCAUCAAAAACGGCCCGCCCGAAACAGGACGUCAAGGGUACAGCCAUCAAAAACGGCCCGUCCGAAACAGGACGUCAAGGGACAGCCGCAACGUGGUCGCGGUCGCGACCGCUGUUCACCGCGCCGUCCUGUGGCGGCAGCGACUGUUUCGGUGACCGAGCAGCCGCCAGUAGAGAGCCAGAUUCAAAAGCCCUGGUUCCCCUGCCACUUGUGCUGCAAGAAGUUGUCCUCUAUGCGCUCCUUGAAGAGCCACCUGGAGGAACACAUGAAUUUCACGGGACCCUGGAGGCGCUCUCACGCCGCAAUGGCGUCCACCUCCACGGCCUCGUCCGCCGAUGCGCCCCCGACCGACGUCGCGCUGGUGGCCAGGCCGAGUGUCGUACCACCGCCUACGUUAAAAGCCAAAGAAGUAGGAUCGGAGUUCGGUCCCGCAUCUUGGAAGGCAUUUCCAUCUUUUGCACUUCGGUCACGACAAAUGGGUGUCAUAUAUUUGGAUUAGCAAUAUAAUUUUUUUAAAGUAUGCUGUCCGUUUGUUACGAAUAUGGAAUGGAAUAGUUCAAUAUCUCGUUUGUUAUUGAGAAAAUAAAAGCAAGA